AUGGCGUCAAGUAGAACAUUUGCUGGGCCCUCGUCCCAAGCAUCUGCUUCCGCGCCUGUUAACGGUGGCUCCGCUAACGAUUCGGGUGAUCUUCCACCGCCGUAUCAAGCAAGGGGAGUCUCCUCAGAGUCUUUGCACGGGCACUCAUCCACAGACAUUCCACCACCGGACUAUGGUGAAUCGAAUUCUGGUUCUCACAGCAGAACAACAAGGGAAGCGGCGUCGGUUGCCAACACUCAGAGCUUAAACCUUGUUCCAGAGACUGCCUUGUACCUGCUAGGCAAGGGCGGACAUUCGAUAAGGAAACGUGUAAAGGAUGAUCGCACUGAUGUCUUGGACCCAUCUAUUUGGGAAUUCGAACUGGUUUGUCUGGUUUGCUUUGAGUAUGCACCUCAGUGCUGCUGCCUGUUGGGAUACCCUGUCAUCAGCGUCCAGCCUGACACUCUCCCCAACGCGAAGAUGCCGAACAAGACUUUUCCAUACCGCGCAGGUCUCGUUCAGGAGCUGGGUGGUCAGAACCCGGCGCAUAUGGCGUCAGUCGUUGCGCAUUCAUUAUGGCCUGUAAUCUGCCAAGGGAUGAUCCCUAUAUCUGACGAGAAACGACUUGUCGUGCUUCGUUCCAAAACUUUGGAUCAAGCUGUGGACCCUAAAGAUAUCCUUAGACUCAUGCGCAAACCCCCCAGUCGGUCAUCGGCACAAAAUUGCCCCUGUUGUGGCAAUCUUAUCUGCGAGAAGGUCAUCACGAGACACGGUCUUCGCAGGAACAAGGAGGCCUUGCGAGGAGCUACAAUAAGCACGUACACGAUCCGCGGAAGGUCUAUCUCUGCGGUGCGAUUGAUCAAUGGAAAGACUUGUUUUGAUCUCAAGGAGCUUGGCUUAAUCGACAUGGAUACGUCUGCCGAGGAGGACUUCCUAUUUUAUUGCUCCGUUCUUCCGACUUUUGGACUGACCAGCACAUCAACGAGGAUCAAAGACCCAUCUCUCCUUAACUGGGAUCAGAUGUUAGUGAGCCUUCUACAAGAAACCUUAUCGUGCGAGAGAGGGAAGCCAACUCGAUAUGAGCCGGUCACUGCAACUAGGUUUAGUUAUAGAGAUACAGUUCACGCCGUGCUUCGCGGCGAGAACUUCGGAAUCGGCCCCGGAUUUAUAGUACUAGAUUGGCCUCACCGUCCUCGAGCACCAUCAAAGCCGAUUGUGGAGAGCGGCUACAUCAUGGGACAUGUCAUGGGAAUUAACCAGCCUCGUCGCGCAGAAAAAGCUGGAUUCUUUUCUACAUUGAUUAGUGCACAACCUGUACUAGAUGACCUACCAGGCAGUACAAGGGAUGGGUGGAAAAAUCUAACGUUCGAUACCAGGGAGUCGCACACGCCGACAUUGAAGAAGGCAUCUGGCUUCACCAGCCAGAGAUCGCCCAUCGGUCUGUCAAAGCGGCCGAUCCCGGGCGUUGUGUGCUACCAGAGAUGCAAAGCGACAGAGAAGAACAAGAGAAUUCAAGCGCAUUUUGCAGGUUUCGCUCCCCCCGCGGAGGGUGAUGAGGAGACGACAGUAUAUCUCAUCGGCGACAAUGCGAUUAGAUGGUUGGUUGUGUCGCAAUUUGCCACUUCUCGCUCGCAGCCUCUCUAUUUCUCGAAUAAGUCACAUUGUCUUGGAUGUACUAUCGCCGAAGCUCCCCGUGGGAGUAUCAUCGCCGCUAGUUUACCGUCAGUCGCUUUGAGUGAAAGAGCUGGAUGUUGA